GAUUCUUACUUAUUCACAAGCUGAACACCAGAUGUACAAAUAGAUAAACAAAAUAAAUUCUGUAUUUUAAUGAUUUAUCUAUUUUUCUAUUACCGCAAGUAAAAUUUAAAUGAAAUUUGAAAUAAUUGAUUGUUUUUAAAAGAGUCACGUUUAUAAUAUCAUUACCACGCGCCGGAUUCUCAGACAUAUGGUCGCCACCUAUUUACUAGGAUUCUAGGUUUGGAGUGUAUGGAUGUUAAAAUGGGGAAAUGACGUUGGGUGAGAAGUUUGAUACCGUUGCAUAAUCGAAAGAUCUCAUCCUGAAUGAGAAAAACCUGUCCAUCUAGUAGCUUUUCACACCUGAUCACUAUGAGAUUAUAUUAGAUCACCAUCCCAGAUCAUUAUUUGAUUUGAGACUUACUACAUUGGAAGUGGAGAGGAAAGAAGGGUACAAUCAUCUCAUGCUACAGUGUGGACAUGUCUAGUCUCAACAGUCUGUUUUCAUUCACAAGCCCUGCUGUGAAGAAGCUUUUGGGGUGGAAACAGGGUGAUGAAGAAGAAAAGUGGGCUGAGAAAGCUGUAGAUUCAUUAGUCAAGAAACUGAAGAAAAAGAAGGGUGCCAUUGAAGAACUAGAAAAAGUUUUAAGUUGUCCUGGGCAGCCCAGUAAAUGUGUGACUAUUCCUCGGUCUCUAGAUGGCAGGCUGCAGGUAUCUCAUAGAAAAGGACUCCCUCAUGUUAUUUACUGCAGAGUUUGGCGUUGGCCAGAUCUUCAGAGCCAUCAUGAACUAAAACCUUUGGAUAUUUGUGAAUUUCCUUUCUCUGCAAAACAGAAAGAAGUGUGCAUUAACCCAUAUCAUUAUAAAAGGAUAGAAAGUCCUGUGCUGCCACCUGUUUUGGUUCCACGUCACAGUGAAUUUCCUCCAGGUCAUCCAGUUGUCAGCAACUUCCAGACAGUUCCUGACACUGCCAUGCCUCAGAAUGUUAGUUACUCAGUUCAAGGGUUUACAUCUCCUCCUCCUUCACUGAGUAACAUAUCUGCCCCAGCAGGAAUUGUUGCUUCUUCUUCAGGAUCAAGCAUUGGUAUUUCAGCACCAAAUAGCCCUUUUGGACUUCCUGGUAGGAAGUUUUAUUGUAUUGUUUUACAUUUCACAACUUGCAAUGCUGUACUGAAGGUACACAAAACAUUAAAAGUUAUAGUAUGGAAACUGAUGGUUACUGUGUGGUUACAAGAACAUCUUGAAAUGAAGAUAUUUAUAUUUUAUAAAAAUAAUAAUUGUAUGGUUUUACACAAACUUAAGGGAAGGUUUUUUAGUAGUAUUUUUUUGAAGCUAGCAUUGAUCUUUAUAAUUUGUAAUUUUUAUAUUUAUAAAAUACAUUGUGUAUUUGUGAAUCACCAUAAUAAUUUUACAUAUAAUAAUUACAAAUUUCUUGGCAUGCUGGCCUCUACCAAAGAUGAUCAAGCUGUUACUUUUCCUGAAGAUGUGUCUCCAGUCACGUAUUCUGAGCCUCAGUAUUGGUGUUCUAUUGCAUAUUAUGAACUAAAUUCUCGUGUUGGAGAAGUUUUUCAUGCUCAACAUCAUAGCGUCAUCAUUGAUGGCUUCACAGAUCCAUCGAAUAACAACAACAGAUUUUGCCUUGGACUUCUAUCAAAUGUAAAUAGGAACUCCACAAUUGAGAAUACAAGAAGACAUAUUGGAAAAGGAGUCCAUAUGUAUUACGUUGGAGGAGAGAUAUAUGCUGAAUGCUUUAGUGACAGUGCCAUCUUUGUCCAAAGUAGAAACUGUAACCAUUCACAUGGUUUUCACCCUACUACAGUUUGUAAAAUACCACCAGGGUGCAGUCUGAAGAUCUUUAAUAACCAGGAGUUUGCCCAGCUUUUGAGUCAGGCAGUGAAUCAUGGCUUUGAAGCAGUGUAUGAGCUGACAAAGAUGUGUACUAUUCGUAUGAGUUUUGUUAAAGGCUGGGGUGCAGAGUACCAUCGUCAGGAUGUAACCUCUACUCCCUGCUGGAUUGAAAUUCAUCUUCAUGGACCUCUGCAAUGGCUAGACAAAGUACUGACUCAGAUGGGGUCACCACAUAACCCCAUUUCAUCAGUAUCAUGACACAAGAUUUGUUACAAGUGGAUUUUUUUUAUAUCAUGAACAUCCUAUUUCAACUUUUGAAAAAAAAUAAUUAUUUACUUAAUUUUGUUUUGUUUUUGAUGAAAGGUAAUUUUUUUUAGAUAUUGAUAAAUUCUGUUAGGAAGAAAUUGGUAUGGAAAGGCUAGUGUACUAAUUUAUGAAGUUCACUAGACAGAGAAUUUUUCAUGGAUUUCUUGUGUUCUUAUAUAAAUAAAUGUUUCAUGUUUGAACAGUAACAAUAAAAGACAAGCCUGCCAGUUCAUCUUUAUUUGUACAUAGCCAAUAAAGAAUGUGUUUAAGUUUGUGCCUCAUAACUCGACUGUGUGCCAUGGGACCUUGCAAGUGGUUUUAUAUUAAUUGACUUUUCUGUCAUUUGUAUAAGCUCCAUCAUUCCUGCAGAAAAGAUCAUUUUGAUGUUGUGUGGUACUAGUGUUUAAUUUGUGUUAAGAUAAAUAUUGUGACAUUUUAGUUAAGUGUUUUAUUCAGCUUUAGCUCUAGUUAAUGUUGACUGAUGUAUUAUGUAUGACAUUAUUUGCUUGUAUUUUCAACAUUUCACUUUAGUGUUUAAUUUGUGUUAAGAUAAAUAUUGUGACAUUUUAGUUAAGUGUUUUAUUCAGCUCUAGUUAAUGUUGACAAGCUGUUUGCUUGUAUUUUCUACAUUUCACUUUAGUGUUUAAUUUGCACAAGUGCAUUUAACAAUGAAAGAAAAUGAGCAGUAUCCCUUAAUUAGUUUUGUCUUGUACAUAAAAUGUAGUUGUUUUUAUAUUUUUAUAGUCAAGUGAGAUUAGGUAUUAGUCUUAUCAGCCUCAGAAACAUUAGUAUUUUUUAAUCUGAUUUUCUAUGGAUUUAUAAGUUCAAUUUAUUUAAGAUAUGUUGCUUCAAAUUUAUUUUUGUUUUUGAGCAAUGUUUUGUUGAUUGCUUUUGCAACAUUAGAAUAAGGUUUAAUAAUAAUUCGGAUAUAUACAUAGCUUAUAAACUUUUCCUUUACAUGUGUAUAAUAUCUGUAUUGUAAAGACAAACAGUGAACAGAUGUAAGUGUAGUAAAAAUGUAUCAAAUGAUGGCUCUCAUUGUCUUGUAUUAAUCUAGACAUUAUACAUGUAGAGCACAUCUGGAAAAUUUCUGUGUUAUAGUAUCUAUAAUUAUUUUUAAGUAACCUUUUAAUCUACUUUCACUUCAGAGUGUUAUAAAGUCAUGAAAUCAUCAUGUGUAACUUUUUCUAAGAGUUUGUGAAUGAAAUAAACUAAUUAAUUAAAACAUUUUGAUAUCAACAUUUAAAAUAUUUGUUGCUUCAAAACAAUGUAUAGAAAAUAAUUAAAUAUCCGAUAUCAAUGUGUAAACAGUCUCUGGAGAUAAAAUAAAUUUUGGUAUAUUGUA